CACAUAUCAACCUAUUGCAUUUGACGUAGAACUAGACCUAUUUUCACUGCUGCUCAGUCUUCCUCCAUGCGUGUCUCUGUUGCUUUCACAGUUUCACUUGCUGUUCGAAAGAAUUGAAAGCUAUCCGUAAAGAUUCAAUCACUUUCCCUCACUCUCAUAGCCAGAAAGCCAGGUCACAUGUCCGUGCGGGAAUAAUGGCUGCACAGGAACCAUCACCACCAUCUUCAUUAGAAGGCAACAAACCCGGAUUCCCCAAGAAAAUACUAGCCAACAAGCUUGAGGACAAACACCUGUGUAAUAUUUGUCAGAAAAUUUUGAGAAGGCCGUUCCAAGCCCAGUGUGGUCAUCGUUUUUGUUCAUACUGUUUUAACAAAACUGUGAGUUCAGGACCACAAAAAUGCAGUGCUUGUAUUAAAGAAGAUCUAUUCGAAGAGCCAACAUCUAUUCUGAAACAAGGCUGUGCAUUUCCUGACAACGCAGCAAGGCGAGAAGUGGAGGCUCUAGCAGCUGUUUGUCCCAAUGAAGGCUGUUCUUGGACAGGCAGCAUCAAAGAAUACGAGUUUACCCACGAAGGAAAGUGUGACUACAUGAUCAUCUCAUGUCCCUCCUGCAAAGAGCUGCUUAGGGCUAACGAGGUGGAGCGCCACAACGAACGAGAGUGCCCUGAACGAACACUCAACUGCAAAUACUGCAAAGAACCAUUUCAGUUCAAAGAUAUUAAGGCUCAUGACGAAAUAUGUCCAAAAUACCCCAUGAUAUGUGAAGGAUGUGCAAAGAAAAAGAUUCCCAGAGAAAAGUAUGUGGACCACAUCAAGCUCUGUACUAAAUUUAGAGCACCCUGUAGAUUUCACGUGGUGGGCUGCGAUAUGUCGGUGGAGAAGGAGAAGAUCCAGGAGCAUGAGCGCGCCUGCUCCUAUGAACACCUGAACCUGCUGCUGCACUUCAUCAUGGGAAUCAAGGUGAACUUGGAGAGUUUGCAGCCCCAGAGCCUGGAGUUGGCCAGCCACAAGGUCCACGAGCUGCACCAGGCUCUCCAGGACCUGGAGCAGAAGAUGGGCCAACUGGGGCUGGGUGGUGGGGGUGGCAGUAGCAGCAGCAGCGGUGGUGGUGGUGGGGGUGGUAGCAGCGGUGGGGGUGGUGCGGGGGCUCCCGUGCAGGGCGCCUGCGCACCACCACCCCCACUGCCGCUGCCACUGCCACUGCCGCCUCUACCGCUACCGCCGCCCCAGGUCCCGCUGCCCACGCCCACCCUCUCCACCUCCUUCACCCCGCUGCCCACCGGCGUGGGGGCGGCCCUGGAGCUCCAGCUCCACAACGAGAAGACUAAGGUGGCUGAGCUGGGCCGGCGGUGCCAGGAGCUGGAGCUGAAGGUGAGCACGUUCGAGAACAUUGUGUGCGUGCUGAACCGCGAGAUGGAACGCUCCGCCGCCACCAUGGAGGCCUACAACCGCCAGCACCGCCUGGACCAGGACAAGAUCGAGAUACUCAGCAACAAGGUGCGGCAGCUGGAGCGGACAGUGGGCCUGAGGGAUCUCUCCAUCGUGGAGAUGGAGGGGAAGAUGAGAGAGAUGUCAGCGGCCACGUACGACGGCGUCUUUGUGUGGAAGAUCUCCGACUUCAGCAAGAAGCGGGCUGACGCUGUGGCUGGAAGAGCGCCGGCGAUGUUUUCCCCCGCCUUCUACACCAGUAAAUACGGCUACAAGAUGUGCCUGCGCAUCUACCUGAACGGGGACGGGACGGGACGCGGCACUCACUUGUCUUUGUUCUUCGUGGUGAUGAGGGGACACAGUGACGCGCUGCUCAAGUGGCCCUUCAACCAGAAGGUGACGCUCAUGCUCCUGGACCAGAACAACCGCGAGCACAUCAUCGACGCCUUUCGACCCGACAUCUCCUCGUCGUCCUUCCAGCGGCCCGUGAGCGACAUGAACAUCGCCAGCGGCUGCCCGCUCUUCUGCCCGCUGUCCAAGCUGGACACCAAGAACUCCUACAUCCGCGACGACACCAUCUUUAUCAAGGCCAUUGUGGACCUGACUGGUCUGUAGGUUGUGCUGUACUGUAGUAGCUAACCACCUCUCUUGACUUGGUUACUGGUGCACUUCCUUUGCUGACCGCCAGCCAGGGAUCUAAAUUAACUCCAGCCAGCCUGUGGUCAGAUGUUGGUGAAAAUUUCAGGUUGGCUGGUAGAAAAAGACCAACUUACAGUACUAGCCACUUUGAAACAUUUACAGAGUAUGUGUGGUAUGGCUAGUAAGAUUAACAUCUACUACUACUUACUAGCCAUUUUGGCUGGUGGUGGAAAAAGUUCAUUUAGGACCCUGCGUGACCGCCAUCAACCAUCCCCACUCCCCUACACCCACCAUCUACCUACCUAUCCACCACCUAUCCACCCCAUACCCUUCCUUUAGUGAUCCUGGUGCCUCGAUUCCAGAACCUUAGCCUGAGCUGUCUGCCGCUCCACUUCACUACACACGUGGGUCAGAUUUUCGUUUCUGAUCUUUCAAGUGUUGGUGCCGAUGCGCGCAGAGCGGAGCUUGGCGUCAUCUGGCAGAUGCAGAUGCAGAUCGUCGUGGCGACCGGUGCCGAGCCGAGCGUAGGUGUUGGUCCGAGUUUGGAUGCUGCUAAAAUAUAAAACCCGCCCGUGCUCCUACCUGGCAGCCCGAUCCGAAUGCAAGGCCCUGCAAAAACCCUUGCACGUUGUGGUCUGGCCUAAUGGGGUCGUUAAGACUCCAGGGGCCUGUGUGGCUGUGAGAGGGGACCUCUCCUCUGUUGUGGUGGUAGAGGCUCUUAGCUAGCUGUCAGCUGUGAUUGUAAUGUACAGAACUUUCUUUAUCGCCUGUGCCGCAUUUCGGAGGCACACUGCCUUUUAAAGAGAUUUGAAGACUUUUUUCCCUUACUUCAGCAGACUGCAGUUUCUUGAUUUUUUGUUGUUGUUGUUUUUAUUAUUCUUCCUCUUGAUUUUCCUACUUCCUGUCUUCUUAGACCUGGGCUUUGGUAGCUAUGCGCUAUGUGCUUCAUGAUUUUUUUCUCUCUCUAUUACCAGAGUGCAUUUUUGCAUAGACAGACGUGGAGUUACAAUAACAAUACGCAGUUGCCCAUAAUUGGCUUUUUGCGCAUUUCCUGUUUGCUACCUAAUCUUUAUUAUUAACUUAGCUGCUAUAACUUAGUCUGUGGCAAAGCUGUAUGCAUUCAAGUCUUCUCACAUUCCUCCUUAGCUUCGUGUGCCUCUGAUCUUACUUACACUCCUGUGUUUAUAUAGGUAACGUAUAUGUAGUGGUGGACAUUGCUUGAAUUUCCAUAAGGUUCCAAGUGCAGCCAUGUUAGGAUUUUAAAAAAAUAAAGAAAAAGAAAUAAGUUUGGAUGGACGAAUGCGAUGUGUGUGUUACGCGCGCUGUGUGCUCUUUGUGAGCACUUUUUUGGCUUCUCUGUUAUUUCAGUAUACCAGUUGUUUGUUUUUGGGUGGCCCUUUAGCUUGGUUUGCAUAUUGGAUCUGUGGAAGAUACAUUCUAGUUAGCAGCAGAUCAGGGUUGCUCAUUGACCUGAAAAGGGGAGUUGACUGCCUCAAGAUUCGUUCCUGCUCAUGACUAAAAACGACAUCUUAAUAAGCUUCAAGAGAGAAAAAAGAAACAUCAGUUGGCAACUUUUUUUUUAUAAAAAAUGAAAAAACCUCUCCGUGUCUUAAUCCAUCACUCCACUCCCUUCCUUCCAGACGGGGCAAAAGGAUGGACAUUGAUGAUGGCAAGACAAGUCAGGUUUUGACACGACGGUCUUGCCCUUAUGUAAUUAGAAUGAUGCUUCUGUAUUGGUUUUGGAGUUGUGAAGGGUGUUGGUAUUACCUGAGAUUGUCGUCUGCCGUUGUUUGAGAGACUGUGGUUAAGUUUGGUGUGAUCUUCUAUUUCUUUUAUGGUGUUCUGCUGCUGUUGUACUGCUUUGGCCUCCUCAUGGCUCCGUCACUCCCAGAAAAGACAUACUGUAUAAGAGACAAGUUUAAAUCGUUUUGAUUUUUUGAGGACGAAUAGAUUCCUGCAUUGUAGUCGCAAUGUGUGUGUUGGUUGUACUAUAAUCGAUGAAUGUUAUACUCCGAACGUUAAAGAGAUAACUCUUAAGAUGUAUUGUCCUGUGAAACCGUGAAGAAGCAUUUGCUCUCGUUUUUUUAUCCUUCUUUUUGCAGUGUGUACAAAGAAGAACCACACAUACACACAUUUCCCCCUAUUGAGAAGCAUGAAGACAAAUCUGUGAAAUCACAGUAGAUUAGAGGUGUGGAUAUUGUGCCUGUGUACAAGGCUCUAGAUAGUCAGUGUAAUCUCUGUAGAGUUUGUUAAAGGUACACUGUGUGAGAUUUUUAGUUGCUUAUUUCCAGAAUCCAUGCUGCCCAUUCACUAAUGUUACCUUUUUCAUGAAUACUUAUCACCAUCAUCAAAUUCAAAGUAUUCAUUAUGACUGGAAAAAUUGCACUUUUCAUACAUAAAAAGGGGGAUCUUCUCCAUGCUCCGCCAUUUUGAAUUUCCAGAAAUGGUCAUUUUUACCUGCAAAAAUUACUGUACUUGGGCCAUACAAGAAAAUAUUAGUUUAUUACUUAGUAAACUUUCAUGAAAAUAUCAAAUUUGGCAAUAGGCAACACAGUUUCAAUGAGCAGCAUAGUUGCAGUACCUUUUUUGACCAUUUCCUGCACAGUGUACCUUUAAUGGAGCAGCCUCCAUGUCAAGUCAACAAGCCAUUCCUCAAAAGGGCUGUAUCGUCUUCCACACUGGGACAUUUGGUUUCACUCGUUUGUUUCUAGUAAGAUCCACUCAUAUUCUCGUCAUUCCAAUCCAUAUUCUCUCUGAGAUUUACUUUUGCCAACACAUGUUCACCCAGCCUAUUUUCAAACCAAUCUCGAUGGAUAUUGAAAUGUCUCUGUGCAUGAGAGGUUUCAAUAGAAAAAAAACCUACAUAUUGUAAAUAAUUGGUUUACUUGUGUAGACCAGACAUAUAAUUUUGUAUUUCGUUUUAUUUUCUAUUAUUGAACGCUGUAUGGCAAUGACCAUGUUUGUGCGUAUAAUGUGUGUCCGUCCAUGUGUGUGUCUGUGUGUAUGCCUGAGUGUGUGUGUGUGUGUGUGUAUGUAUGUAUGUAUGUUUGUGUGUGUUUGUAUGAGAGGGUGCAUGUACACUAUGCACAUGCAUUUGGGUGUCUGUGUAUGUAUGUCUAUAUUGCUCAUAUAAGUAUAAAUAGAUAAUAUUGUGCAGCUCACACAAGUGUGAGCUCUGAAUAUAUCAUAAAUAUAAAUAAUAUAUCUAUAAUAUAAAUAUAGAUUCUAUGACUUAAUAAUGCAUACAUAUUUGAAGUUGGGAUGGUUUUAAAAUAUGUUUGGGCUUCAGUGAACAUUUCACAGUACAUUUCUACACAUCAUUCAACUCUUGCGAAUCAAAGAAAGUCUUUGUAUUACUAAAACACAACCCUGUCCUCUUGUUCACUUUCUCUCCCUCCACUCUCUGUCUCAAGAUUUCACAAAGAGAAACUCCACACAUUCUGGUCAGUUGUAUAUAAACGACGACCCGGCCAUUGUGUAUCUGCUUUAUUACUUUGCCCUAAUGAGAUUCCGAAAGCAGUCUUGUGUAAAUAUAUUACCGCUAGUAGAUCAGUGAGUUUGAUGUGAAACUUUGGUGUCGCUAGCGUACUAGGCUAGGUGCUCUGGAGUUGCUAAAAACAUGGUUAGCCAUUUUUUGCAUGUAGACACUGCUUGUUUACCUCUCAUAAGUAGCUGCUGUUCCCUGGACACUAACCCUUCAUUUUGGUAUAAACGUUGGCUUAUGGCACACUGUGUGCCUCCUAGAUACUCCUGUAUAUGAUGGGCCAUUUGAGAUAUUUAUACUAUCAAAGUGACCUUCCUCCUGUCCUGUGUGCGUCUGUCUUUCGUCUGUCUUUCCGGCGUGUUCUGAUGGAGAUUAAUGCGAUGCCGUACCAGGUUAGGAAAUAAGCUAAUUUCACACCAUCCCUUGAAUUAAAUAAUUGAGUUUUACACUGUAAAAAAUGAUAUCAGUGAUAAGUCAUAACUUAUAUAGUUAAUUAAUAUUGCUAUAAACUUUAAAUUAACAGCAUUCGUUAAAUUUGAAAUCACAAGUUAACCAGCUGCCUCAGAAAUUGAAGUUAAUUUAAAUCUUUUUGUAAGUUGUGUGGAGCCUUGAACGCAAAGAUGCAAUUUAAAUCGUCACACAACUUACAAAAAGGAACUUUGAAUUCUGAGACAUAUUUUUUACAGUGUAUGUUUGUCCCAUUUUUCUGGCCGUUCUGUCAUUCUGGUGAUGUUCCAAACUAGCGAUUAUCAUUGAAUCAUAUGGUAUAAGAUAGCUGCUAGCUGGUACCAUACAAUUCCAUUACAUAUGCUUACUCGAAGGUGGAAUUUUCACUGCCAGACUCGUCUGUGAACGGCUUUAAGCACAGGAGAAAGAUACAACUUAAUUAUUAGACUCGGACAGGGGGUGUAAAAUGAGCUCAUAUUCAGAAAUGGUUCGGUAUCGCUUUAACAGAGAUUUGAUAUGGAUUAUAUGCUCAGCUUUAAAUGGGGAGAGUUGGGUGUUUCGCAGACUGUGUGUGUGUCACUUAAUUUUAGUAACAUUAAUCAUUAUUAGCUUUGUCUAGUUAUAACUAGUCAAUCAUUACUUAUAUUUCACACUUGAAUUUGCAGUAGUUUACCGACUUAUUCUCUAGAUUUGUUAACAUUGUUUAGUUCUAGGAAAUUACUAUAUACAUAGUUACAUAUAUUUUGCCAGUUUUCUGAGGCUAUAACUUUUGAGAUUUCUGUACAUUUCUGUUUCAUAAACAAGAUUUAAUUGAUAUUAAUAGGUUAAUUUAUGACCUCUUUCAAAUCUGUUGGACACAUUUGUAACUAGAGUUUAUUUACAGUAAUACUACAAUUUGUCGCAUUGAUUUUUGCUCUAUGAUUGUUGGGGAUGUGGGGAUGCUAAUAACAUUUGAUGGCCUAUUAAAGUAAUGUAUGUGAGCUACCAAAUGUGUCAUUGUUAUUGUAAAAAAAAGUUGUCAACAACUGAAAAUGGAAAUUCUUCUUUAAAGUUUUUUAAACAAAUCUGUUUCUAACCAAGCAAACUCAUCUAGAGACAUUUAUACAUUUGAAUUUCAAGUUUUGAAAUGCUCUUUAUUAUGAUAAUUACUGUCCAUUGUUAGAAGUGAACAAUGACGAGUGGAAAGUGGAUGCAAAAUAAUUAAAGAAGUAAUGUUCAAGGUGAA